UAGAAUAGGUCGCAAGAGACGACCAACGAAAUUAGAGCAAACACAGAACUUUAGCAAUUUUCACACUAUUUCUAUAAAUUAUUUUCUUCUAAAUUUUCCCAAAAAAAAUUAAGCAGGAACAGAGACAUGGAAGUGCAAGUUGGGCUGCCGAAAUUAUUGCAAAUGGGCGCCAAACUCGUCGGCCACAAGCUGCAACAAUACCGUCUGGCGACCAGCAAGACAAUCAUUGUGGACACCAAGUUCGGACAAGUGCGGGGUCUGCAGCGCAAGACGAUCUACGAUGAGGAGCCGUACUAUGCGUUCGAGGGCAUACCCUAUGCCAAGCCCCCAGUGGGUGAGCUGCGCUUUCGUGCACCACAGCCGCCGGAGCCGUGGCAGGGCGUUAAGGACUGCACCACAUAUCGGGCAAAGCCGCUACAGAGGAACAUGAUCCUUGGCAUUGUGGAGGGAUCGGAAAAUUGCUUGCAUUUAAAUGUGUAUGUAAAAACGAUGGAGUCGGAGAAACCACUGCCGGUCAUCGUUUGGAUCUACGGCGGUGGCUUUCAGAAAGGCGAGGCUUCUAGAGAUUUCUACAGCCCGGACUACUUUAUGAAGCAAAAUGUGGUCUUCGUUUCCAUCAAUUACAGACUGGGAGCGCUGGGUUUUCUUAGUCUUAAGGAUCCCACUCUCGAUGUGCCCGGCAACGCAGGACUUAAGGAUCAAGUGCAGGCACUUCGUUGGAUCAGUCAGAAUAUAGCGCAUUUUAACGGAGAUCCCAACAAUAUCACCCUAAUGGGUGAAAGCGCUGGCGCAGCCUCCACCAACAUUAUGAUGACCACCGAACACACUCGAGGACUCUUCCACAAAGCCAUUCUGCAAUCAGGCUGUGCGCUGUCUGCCUGGGUGGAGGCACCGGAUCACAAUUGGGCCUAUCGCCUGGCCAAAUAUAUUGGAUACAAGGGUGACGAGAAGGAUGCGGAUGUGUUGAAGUUCCUUAGCAAAGUCUCUGCGCGUCAGAUUGCCGCUAAUGAUCAGGACAUAUUGACCCUAGAUGAGAUGCGUAAUUUUAUUAUUUUCGCCUUUGGGCCUGUUGUGGAGCCGUACGAGUCUGCGCAUUGUGUGGUGCCGAAACCGCACAGAGAUAUGCUACCAAAUGCGUGGGGUAAUGCCAUUCCCAUUAUUGUGGGCGGCACAUCGUUUGAGGGACUCUUCUCCUAUCAGCUAACACACAACGAUCCUUGGGUGCUGGUCAAUUUCGAAAAUAUGUUGCCGCGCGAAGUCCAGGAAAUGAGCACCCCAGAGGAAGUGCAGACACUGGUGAGACGCCUGAAACAUGCAUAUUUCGGAGACGAGCAACGGGAAUCCAUGAACUUCUUCGAGGUGAUGAACAUCCACUCACAUCGUCAGAUUUGGCACGAUUUGCAUCGCACGGUGCUGGCGCGUCGGGCCUACGCAGCGAACGCCCCCACUUAUCUAUAUCGCUUCGAUUUCGAUUCCCCACAUUUCAAUCAGUUUCGGCGUCUGGUUUGCGGAGAUCAGGUGCGUGGCGUCGCCCACGCGGACGAUCUCUCCUACAUGUUCUACAAUAUCAUUGCCUCGAAGCUGAAUAAGACGUCGCUGGAAUACCGCACCAUAGAGCGGAUGGUGGGCAUGUGGACGGCCUUCGCGGCCAGUGGGGAUCCUAACUGUGACGUCACAGCGCCGGCGCUGUGGCAAUCCGUUCAGGAGGAGCCUGAUAUGUGCUUCAAUAUAAGCGAUAAACUAGAGAUGAUUGAAUUGCCCGAAGGCAAGGUGCUGAGCGUCUGGGAUAGCUUUUACCCCAAGGACGCUUUGUAUUGAACAAAAAUCCAUAAAAUAUGUAAAUAAGUCUAAUUGUUAUUAUCGCAUUUCCAUUCUAGAGUAGAUUGUGCCAUGUGAUGAGAGUGCUGCGAAUAUAACUUACAGUUUUGUAUUCCAAAUGUGUAGCUAAUAUAUAAGGGUCUAAGUCCAAUAUUCUGUACAAUCUGAUAUAUAUGAUUAAUAGAUAUCUGUGCCAUUUGUAUUUUAUAUCAUUUAAGGAUUUCCUGCCAAACUUCUUGAGAUAAAUUUGAAAAAUGUAUUACAUUUACCAUAAAUAAAAGAUAUUUUUGUACAAAUCUA